AUGUCUAUUAUCGUCUUUGUUUCAUUCAUAAAUGAUAAGAAAAUUGAGAUGAUAUCAUAUCUACGGUUGUACCGAAUUUCAAUUUUACACUUGGACAUAAAGCGACAAAUCAAAAUGUUCAUGAAUCAAAUAUUUAUAUGUGAUUCGGACGCAAUAUCGGCAUUUGGAUUUUUCGAUAUCAAUUUAAAUCUUGUAACGACAAUACUCGUAUUAUUGACUAGUGGAAUAAUCACAUUGAUACAAAUGAAAAAUCAUCCAAUGAUGGAAAAAUUUAAAAAUGACACUUUAUCCUACAUUUUACACAAAUUUUAA